AUGGAGAAUUGCAACUCAGCCACAACUCCAGUUGAACCCAAUUUGAAGCUCACAAAGGACCAUGAAGGAAAGAAGGUUAACAGUACUCUCUAUAAGCAAAUGGUUGGAAGCUUGAUGUACUUAAUAACUGCAAGGCCUAAUAUUAUGUAUGUUGUAAGUUUAUUUAGCAGGUUUAUGGAAUCUCCAAUUGAGCUUCAUCUCCUUGCUGCUAAAAGAAUCUUACGUUACUUAAAAGGGACUCCUAGUCUUGGCAUACUUUAUCAAAAAGGAGAAAAACUAAACCUUAUUGGUUUUAGCGAUAGUGAAUAUACAAGAGAUUUAAAUGAUAGAAAGAGUACUUUAGGGUAUGUUUUCAUGCUUGGUUCAGGAGCUAUCUCAUGGUCUUCCAAGAAACAACCAAUUGCCACAUUAUCUACCACUGAAGCUGAACUUGUAGCAGCAACAUCAUGUGCAUGUCAAGCCAUUUGUUUGAGGAACAUUCUUGAGAAUUUGCAUUAUAAGCAAGAAGAAGCAUCUAUCAUUCAUUGUGAUAACACAUCAACAAUCAAGCUCUCAAGGAAUCCUGUCUUGCAUGGACGAAGUAAAUACAUUGAUGUAAGAUACCAUUACUUGAGAGAUCUUACAAAUGGUGGAAUUAUCAAUCUAAGCUACUGUAAAAGUGAAGAUCAAGUGGCAGAUAUUUUAACCAAGCCUCUCAAAUUAGCAACAAUUGUGAAGCUUCGAAGCUUACUUGGGGUGGUUUCCUCUACUACUUUAAACUAA